AGGCGCAACCAUGUCAGAGAAGGAAGCUGGGAGCGAUGCGGGGCCCAGAGAAACAGCCCCUUCAUCGACAUACUCAUCUCCUGCAAGAAGUUUGGGGGAUACAGGAGUAACACCACUAUCUCCUUCCCAUAUUGUGAACGACUCCGAUGCGAAUGUCUCAGAACAGCAGUCAUUUCUCGUGGUCGUUGCUAUUGAUUUUGGCACCACGUCCAGCGGCUACGCGUAUAGCUUCACAAAGGAGCCAGAAUGUAUUCAUGUCAUGAGGAGGUGGGAAGGUGGAGAUCCUGGUGUAUCUAAUCAAAAGACACCAACCACAAUCUUAUUAACUCCAGAAAGGAAAUUUCAUAGUUUUGGUUAUGCAGCCAGAGAUUUUUACCAUGAUCUGGACCCAAAUGAGGCCAAGCAGUGGCUCUACUUGGAAAAAUUCAAGAUGAAACUCCAUACCACUGGCAAUCUCACCAUGGAGACAGAUCUGACAGCAGCAAAUGGGAAGAAAAUCAAAGCCCUUGAAAUCUUCGCUUAUGCCCUGCAGUACUUUAAGGAACAGGCAUUGAAGGAGCUGAGUGAUCAAGCAGGCUCUGACUUUGAAAAUUCUGAUGUCAGAUGGGUCAUCACAGUGCCUGCUAUCUGGAAACAGCCUGCCAAGCAAUUCAUGAGACAGGCUGCCUACCAGGCAGGGAUGGCCACCUCUGAAAACCCAGAACAGCUGAUCAUCGCUCUGGAGCCUGAAGCAGCCUCCAUCUACUGCAGGAAACUGCGCCUCCACCAGAUGAUAGACUUGAGCAGCAAAGCAGCUGUCAAUGGUUACACCUCCAGUGACACUGUAGGAGCUGGGUUUGCACAGGCUAAGGAACACAUACGUCGUAAUCGGCAGAGUCGGACCUUUUUGGUGGAAAAUGUCAUAGGAGAGAUCUGGUCUGAAUUGGAGGAAGGUGACAGAUAUGUGGUUGUGGACAGUGGAGGAGGCACAGUGGACCUCACUGUCCAUCAGAUCAGACUACCUGAAGGACACCUUAAAGAGCUGUAUAAGUCAACAGGUGGACCAUAUGGUUCCUUGGGAGUGGAUUACGAAUUUGAAAAACUUCUGUGUAAAAUAUUUGGAGAAGAUUUUAUCGAACAAUUUAAAAUUAAACGUCCAGCAGCCUGGGUAGACUUAAUGAUUGCUUUUGAGUCCCGCAAACGGGCCGCUGCCCCUGACAGAACCAAUCCCCUAAAUAUCAACCUGCCCUUCUCCUUCAUUGACUACUACAAGAAGUUUCGAGGUCAUAGUGUGGAACAUGCCUUGAGAAAAAGCAAUGUGGACUUUGUGAAAUGGUCCUCCCAGGGAAUGCUAAGGAUGAGCCCAGAUGCGAUGAAUGCCCUUUUUAAGCCAACCAUUGACAAUAUCAUCGACCAUCUCCGGGACCUGUUUGAGAAGCCGGAGGUGUCCGACGUCAAAUUUCUUUUCCUGGUUGGCGGCUUCGCCGAAGCCCCGCUCUUGCAGCAGGCGGUGCAGUCAGCCUUCGGCAACAAGUGCCGAAUCAUCAUUCCUCAGGACGUGGGGCUCACCAUCCUCAAAGGAGCCGUGCUCUUUGGCCUGGACCCUGCCGUCAUCAAGGUGCGACGCUCGCCCCUGACCUACGGGGUGGGAGUCCUGAACCGCUACAUCGAAGGAAAGCAUCCGCCUGAUAAGUUGUUGGUCAAAGAUGGCACAAGAUGGUGCACUGACGUCUUUGACAAGUUCAUCUCGGCGGACCAGUCGGUGGCCCUGGGAGAAACAGUGAAGCGGAGCUAUACUCCGGCCAAGCCCUCCCAGCUGCUCAUUCUGAUCAACAUUUACAGCGCUGAGAAGGAUGACGUCAACUUCAUCACGGAUCCCGGGGUGAAGAAGUGCGGGACCCUCCGUCUGGAUCUCACUGGGACCAACGACGUCCCCCUGGCCACUCGGAGGGAGAUCCUGACACUCAUGCAGUUCGGGGACACUGAGAUCAAAGCCAUGGCAAUCGAUAUGCCCACCUCUAAGAAUGUCAAAGUGGGGAUAGAUUUCUUAAAUUACUAACUCACACCCUCCGGUCCUCCCGCCCUCCCCUCCCUCAAUUUCCCAUUCUGCCCACCCCACCUCGGCUCUCUUACCCGUCACACUUUGGUUUUGAG